GUGCGUGUGCCUUCUAUGCGGUCCUCGCUUUCCGGCUGCUGUUACUCCACGUCUCUCCCUUACCCCCCCUUCUCUCUUUGACGGCUUACUUUGCGGCAGCACUGAGAGCCCCACCCCCUUUCUCUGCGGAAUCACCAUGGCGGCUGGGACCCUGUACACAUACCCUGAAAACUGGAGGGCCUUCAAGGCCCUCAUCGCCGCCCAGUACAGCGGGGCUCAGGUCCGCGUGCUGUCCGCACCGCCCCACUUCCACUUCGGCCAGACCAACCGCACCCCGGAAUUUCUCCGAAAAUUUCCUGCCGGCAAGGUUCCAGCAUUUGAAGGUGACGAUGGAUUCUGUGUGUUUGAGAGCAAUGCGAUCGCCUACUAUGUGGGCAAUGAGGAGCUGCGGGGGAGCAGUCCAGAGGCAGCAGCCCAGGUGGUGCAGUGGGUGAGCUUUGCUGACAGCGACAUAGUGCCCCCAGCCAGCACCUGGGUGUUCCCCACCUUGGGCAUCAUGCACUACAAUAAGCAGGCCACAGAGAAUGCAAAGGAGGAGGUGAGGCGCGUUCUGGGGCUGCUGGAUGCUCACUUGAAGACGCGGACUUUCCUGGUGGGCGAACGCGUGACCCUGGCUGACAUCACGGUUGUCUGCACCCUGCUGUGGCUCUACAAACAGGUCCUGGAGCCCGCCUUCCGCCAGGCCUUCCCCAACACCAACCGCUGGUUCCUCACCUGCAUUAACCAGCCCCAGUUCCGCUCCGUCCUGGGGGAGGUGAAGCUCUGUGAGAAGAUGGCCCAGUUUGACGCCAAGAAGUUUGCCGAGAGCCAGCCUAGAAAGGACGCCCCUCGGAAGGAGAAGGGGUCUCGGGAGGAGAAGCAGAAACCCCAGGCCGAGCGGAAAGAGGAGAAGAAGGCGGCCGCCCCCGCCCCCGAGGAGGAGAUGGACGAGUGUGAGCAGGCGCUGGCCGCUGAGCCGAAGGCCAAGGACCCCUUUGCUCACCUGCCCAAGAGUACCUUCGUGUUGGAUGAGUUCAAGCGCAAGUACUCCAACGAGGACACUCUCUCCGUGGCGCUGCCGUACUUCUGGGAGCACUUCGACAAGGACGGCUGGUCGCUGUGGUACUCCGAGUACCGCUUCCCCGAGGAGCUCACCCAGACCUUCAUGAGCUGCAACCUCAUCACCGGAAUGUUCCAGCGGUUGGACAAGCUGAGGAAGAACGCCUUUGCCAGUGUCAUCCUCUUUGGAACCAACAACAGCAGCUCCAUUUCUGGAGUCUGGGUCUUCCGAGGCCAGGAGCUGGCCUUUCCGCUGAGUCCAGACUGGCAGGUGGACUACGAGUCGUACACAUGGCGGAAGCUGGACCCCGGCAGCGAGGAGGCCCAGACGCUGGUCCGAGAGUACUUCUGCUGGGAGGGGGCCUUCCAGCACGUGGGCAAAGCCUUCAACCAGGGCAAGAUCUUCAAGUGAACGCCUCUGCCGCCGCCCCGCUGCCUGCACCCGCCCUUCGGGGAGAUGGGGUCAUUAAAGGAAACUGAACACUGAA